AAAGUGUAAACUUUAGGCUAUUUUAUUAUUUAAAGAAAGCUAAGCCUCAGGUUUGAUAGUCAGGUUGUAGCUUGUAAGACAAGAUCUCAUCCCUUGGGGGUUCAGUUAAUUGUGUUUAUUUUUGGCCCUUGAAAUGAACCGACUCAAAGAACACGAACAGCCCAAGUUGGGAUCCAAAAAACAAUCACGAAAUCCAUCCUCUGUGCUACAAGGAUGCAAUAAACAUCCCGCAAGAAAACAAGAACCGACGCAGCGAGCUCUCGUAGGCCUAUCCUAUGAAGGCGCGAUGAUAAACCUGAAAAAGUUCAGUACGCACUCCAACAUUGUUGGUAUGUAUGUCGAUGAGAUUGAGAAUAUUGCGAAGCUGUAAUAAUGAAUGGAAAAGUCAUCUUCAAUCACCGAAUUACAGAUAUAGGAGAAAGCAUACACCAGUACUACGUCACAGAAUUUCAGAAAGAGAAGGAUGAGUGUAUUCAAGCUGCCACAGAGGAGGCCUGGACCAAGGCAGAUCUGGAGAUAGAGAAAAUGGUGUUACAGACAAUUAAAUUUGCCAGGAAGGAGAGAGAUGUCUUGAAAAAGAGAGCUGAAAAUGCAUGUGCUUAUAUACAGGUGACUUUGGCUGAAUAUGACAUGAAAGUAAAGAGAAAGGUCAUGUCUGACAUUGAGAAAUUGCGCAAGCGUAAUGAGGAAAGGUAUUCUCAGGAGAUCCGUGUGGCAGUUGAGAAGAUUGCCCAUCGAAAAGCUAGCAGUGAAGUUCUGGCUAAAAGAAAGGACAAAAAUUUAAACACACAAACUGCCACAAUCCUUGAGAGGGACUUUAUGCUACAACCACAGCAUGCCAAGACUGUUGCCAACCAAAAGAAGGAUGAAAUUCUGGAAAAGGUGAAAGCAGUGAUGGCAUCCAGCAUAGCUGGCAACAUUGAGAAAACACAAAAGGAGGAGCAGAAAAUUGCUCAGCAGAACUUAAAUAUGGUGGAAAAGAAAUACAAGGCAGAGCUGACGGCUCUAAAGGAGAGGACACGAGAGCUGGAGGCCGUUGUGGACAAGACUGCUCGAGAUCUGCAAACUGCCAUCGCAGAUAAGCAGGUUUAUGUGGAUGACCUGGAGGAAACCAGAGCAGCAUUUCUGAAUUUCAUCAAUCUUCAAUUUAAAGACUUAAGGCCUGAUCAAGCUGACUUCAUACUCCCACCAAAGAAAACUGACAGGAAGUGA